AAGUCCAAAAAAUGUCUAGAGAGAGAAAAUCCCAAAAAAUGUCUAGAGUGAGAAAUUCCGAGCAUUAUCCUUGUGCGUGUCAUCUGCGUAGGGAAGAAAAAUUGAUGGACUUCUGGGGACUAAGACAAACCUCAGACGCAUUCCAUGCCAUGACGAACCUUCUCAUCAUUUUCCCUUCCCCCUCCCUCUCUCUCUCUUACUUUCUCUCUCUUUUGCUUGAGUAACGUGCUGAUCAUUUCCCUCUCUCUCUCUCUCUCUUUCUUUCUUUCUCUGAAUCUUAUAAAGGCCUUUGCAUAUGCUUUCCUUCUUUCAUUGCGCGCACGAAUCCAACGGUCACUGCAACGGCUCUCCGGCGACAAUCCCUGCGUAAAAACCGCUUUCCAAUUUCAAAAAUAGGGCAUUAAACCCUAUCACCUUUUUCCCUCUCAUCCCAUUCCCUCUCUGUCUCUACCUUCUCUGCAACUCUCUCCCUCUAUCUCUCUUCUGUUCCUGUAAUCCGUCUGAUCUCUGAUAUUCUGUAUUCCCUAGGUCUGUUUCGUUCGAUCUCUCUCACUCUCUGCAAUUAUUUCACUCUCUCUCUCUCUCUCUAUAUAUAUAUAUAUAUAUAUCUUGUAACGAUUCAAGCACUAAUUUAUUUGUGGUGCUUGGGGCCAUGAAUUUAGAGGAUGAUGUUGAACAAUGAGAAACAGAGGGUUCUGGCUAGAACAAGAAGCAGGAGAUGGCGCCAUGGAAGAGCGGGCACCAUAAUAUUCUCGAUUCUCUCUCUCCUCCUUGCCACGUCGGCGUGGUUCUCUCUUAUCUUCUCGGGAACCAGAGGCCGCCAUUGUUGGCACCAGUUUAAGGAAUGGGAGGGUAGCCCCUUAGCUUUUCCAUGGCAGCCACGAGAACCCAUCCCUCGCGCGGACCAAAACCCUAAUCCAAACCCCAACUCUAAUUUCGUCCAUGAAAGCUCAAAUUCAACUAGUGACCUUUCUCUAAAGCACAUUCUUUUUGGGAUCGCUGGUUCAUCUCAGCUAUGGAACAAGAGGAAAGAGUUUGUCAAGCUAUGGUGGAGGCCUAGCGAGAUGCGAGGCCAUGUAUGGCUUGAAGAAGAGGUUCCCUGGGAUGAUUCAUUGCCUCAAAUUAGGGUUUCAGAGGACAUUUCAAGGUUCAGUUACACAAACCCCACAGGCCAUCCUUCUGGCCUCAGGAUCUCUAGAAUUGUCACAGAGAGCUUCAAAUUGGGGUUACCAGAUGUUCGGUGGUUUGUUCUUGGAGACGAUGACACCAUUUUUAACCCUGAUAAUUUGCUUGGGGUUUUGAAGAAGUAUGACGAUUCUGAGAUGUUUUAUAUUGGGGGCCCCUCUGAAAGUCACUCUGCAAAUACUUAUUUUAGCCAUUCAAUGGCUUUUGGGGGAGGAGGAAUAGCCAUCAGUUAUCCUCUUGCCGCCGCACUUUGGAGGAUGCAAGAUGAGUGUUUAGAGAGAUAUCCAAAGCUUUAUGGGAGUGAUGAUCGCCUCCAUGCCUGUAUCUCUGAGCUUGGGGUACCCCUAACAAGAGAAUAUGGAUUUCAUCAGUGGGAUAUCAGGGGAAGUGCCCAUGGCCUUUUGGCUGCUCACCCAGUUGCUCCAUUUGUUUCCAUUCAUCAUGUGGAAGCUGUCGACCCUAUCUUUCCUGGCGCAAAUUCUCUUGAUAGCUUGAAGCUAUUCACAAGGGCCAUGAAGAUUGAUCCAAGGAGUUUCUUACAGAGAUCAAUUUGCUAUGAUAGACAAAGGCGGUUAACCUUCUCGGUUUCCCUCGGUUAUGCAGUUCAAGUGUUCCCCAGCAUUGUCCUUCCUCGAGAACUUGACAGAGCUGAACAGACGUUUUUGGCAUGGAACAGGUUGGGCCACAGGAAUGAGUUUGAUUUUGAUACAAGGGAUUCCUAUCGAUCUACAUGCAAAAGGCCGGUGAUUUUCUAUUUGAAAGACAUUGGCAAAAAUGAAAAUGUUACAGUGGGAUCCUACAAUAGAUUGAAAGGCAAGGAUGAUUUGAAAAGGAAGGUCUUGUGCUUCCCAAGGUCACUUCCUCUUCAUGAAGUGCUGGAUAUCCAAGUGACAAGCAAUCCCCUGACUGAGAAAUGGGCAAAGGUACCAAGGCGACUGUGCUGUAAAGUGAACCAGAAGAGCAAUAAUCGUUUGGGAUUGACCGUGGGGCAAUGUGAGCAAGGGAAGCUUUCGUCUUUCACGGAUAGCAUGUGACUGCUGAUCACACUGAUACCAUCCGGUGCCCGAUGUCCUAGGUGCUGGGCACUGGGAGCAAGGACGGCUGCAAGCGUUUUCUGAAACAUUGGAUGUCGGUCUCACCUGAGGUAAGAAAGAGUAAAAAAUACUCUGGAACAAGCUUGUAUGUGGUGUGGAGACUGGAGACAACUCUGUCCCUCUUGCCCUAGGUGCGAUGACACCCACUCUUGAGGAUGUGACUCGCAUCCUUGAGAUAAAUAGUGAUGUGGAACGACUACUGAGUUUCCCUAUACACACUUCUGGGACAGAACAUUGUCUAGUUAAAAUUAUCUUAGGAAGAAAGCUCAGAUUAGUUAGGGAUGCCAUCUGACUUAGCUGGUUAGAGGAUAGGUUGGGACGUGGUUCUAGGGAAGAGGGGAAGACAUCCUCGACACAUUGGAGAGGACAGGGAGGAUGAGGCUGUGGAGGGGGUAUUUUAAGUGGAGGAUUUUGUUGAUGGGUUCUGCAUUUCUUCUAGUAUUGAGGGGCCCGGGCAAAGUUUACAGGAGAGGCUUGUGAUCCUUUGAGGUCUGUGAGCAUCUAUUUGAGCUUGUAGAACUACUACCAUAAAGGAACUAGGCGGAGAGCCAGAUAUUUUGAGUAUCCAGCAGGCCUAUGUUGUGAUUAUGGCCCUUUGAAGAGGAGCAGUAAUUGAAAUCCCCCUUGAUCGAAUGAACACCAUGCAAGAGCUGCUACAGAUCAGCCCACAACGAAUCCCACUAGACAGGGAAGGAGGCAAGAGAAUGACCUAGGAAGAUAGCACAUAAUUGAUUCUUCUUCUCUCUCCAAAGGUGUGAAUGGCUCUAACGUUUCCUUUAGGGUUAACUCUAAAGGAACCAAUACCCUUAAACCUUAAGUUUAAAGUUUAAACCUUAGAUUUGCUCAAGUUCAAGCCUAUAAUCCAUCUCAUCAUUAUCUUGUUGGAACCUUUUUGAUUCCAACAAGCUUUAACCCCUUUAGAAACCUUAAAACCUAUGCUAAACUUGCCUUAACCCUAUCCCUCCUCACAACCCUUAAGUCUAAACCUUGUUCUAUCUUCAUAAGGUCCAAACCUUUAUGUCCCAGUCCUUGUAGGAACCUAAACGCCUUAGAACUCCUACAUCCUAACUUAAUUGGAAUUCCUAAUUGUACAUAAACCCUUUCUUCAGUACCCAACCUUGUGUGUCAGACAUGUUUAAGCGCCAUACCCCUUGAUCCUACAUCAAUGCGGCUAUGUACCUUUUCUUUUUAAUUAAUUUUUAUUUUUUUUAGGGGAUGGUGUGGAUAGACAAUUGAGCAAUGCCAAUGGAAAGAGCUCAAAGUUGCUUUCUACCAAGAUAUUGCUGACCUGGUUGUUUAUUUGUGAGGCUUGUCAGAUAUGAGAAAUCAUAAUUGAGAGUCACUUUCAGUAUUA